UUUUUCUUUUUGGUCAGGUUAUUAUCAUGGCAACAAGAACCUCCUCUUCCACCUGAGUCUCCACAGAGUGACGUGAGUUCCGCGCUUCAUGAGAGCACGCGCCGAGCGCUGCCACGCGUGGAAACGUGCCGGAGUGUUUUUAUCCCGCAGCGGAGGAACGACGCGGCGCCGGAGCCGUCAUGGCAGCGUCGGAACUCUACACAAAGCGUGCUCGGGUGUGGAUCCCCGAUGCAGAGGAUGUGUGGAAGUCUGCAGAGCUGACUAAGGACUACAAAACCAGCGAUGUCUCACUGCAGCUCAUGCUGGAGGAUGGAACGAACAUUGAGCACACGCUGGACCCCAAGACAAAAAACCUGCCUCAUCUGCGAAACCCUGAUAUUCUGGUGGGCGAGAAUGACCUCACGGCACUCAGCUACCUCCAUGAGCCAGCUGUGUUGCACAAUCUUAAAGUCCGCUUCAUUGACUCAAAACUCAUCUACACUUAUUGCGGAAUUGUUUUGGUGGCUAUUAACCCCUAUGAGACGCUGCCCAUCUAUGGCACAGACAUCAUCAAUGCCUACAGCGGUCAGAACAUGGGUGACAUGGAUCCACAUAUCUUUGCAGUGGCUGAGGAGGCUUACAAGCAGAUGGCCAGGGAUGAAAGGAACCAGUCGAUCAUUGUGAGUGGAGAGUCCGGGGCAGGAAAGACUGUAUCGGCCAAAUACGCCAUGCGAUACUUUGCUACAGUCAGCGGCUCUGCCAGUGAGGCCAACAUAGAGGAAAAAGUCCUGGCUUCCAACCCCAUCAUGGAGGCCAUUGGAAAUGCAAAGACCACCCGAAAUGACAACAGCAGUCGCUUUGGAAAAUACAUUGAGAUUGGCUUUGACAAUCACUAUCGCAUCAUUGGUGCUAAUAUGAGAACAUAUCUGCUCGAGAAGUCACGAGUGGUGUUUCAGGCAGAAGAGGAGAGGAAUUACCAUAUUUUCUAUCAGCUCUGUGCAUCAUCCCAUCUGCCUGAAUUUAAGGCUCUAAAGCUGAGUAAUGCAAAUGACUUCCUGUACACCAGACAGGGCCGCAGCCCCGUUAUUGAUGGGGUGGAUGAUGUAAAAGAGCUUGGCACCACUCGCCACGCCUUCACCUUGCUAGGUAUUAAUGAGUCGUAUCAGAUGGGCUUGUUCCAGGUGCUGGCUGCUGUACUUCAUCUGGGAAACGUGGAGAUCAAGGACCGAGAUUCUGACAGCAGCAUCAUUGCUCCCAACAAUCACCAUCUGACGGCGUUCUGCGAUCUGGUGGGCGUGACGUACCAGGACAUGUCUCAAUGGCUGUGCCAUAGGAAACUGAAGACGGCCACGGAGACCUACAUCAAGCCCCUCCCCCGUCUGCAGGCCACCAAUGCCCGUGACGCGCUGUCCAAACAUAUCUAUGCCAAACUCUUCAACUGGAUAGUGGAGCAUAUCAACAAGGCUCUGAUCACCAAUGUCAAACAGCACUCCUUCAUUGGGGUUCUUGAUAUUUAUGGGUUUGAGACAUUUGAUAUCAACAGCUUUGAGCAGUUCUGUAUCAACUAUGCCAACGAGAAGCUGCAACAGCAGUUUAACAUGCACGUCUUCAAGCUGGAGCAGGAGGAGUACAUGAAGGAGCAGAUCCCCUGGACUCUGAUCGACUUCUACGACAAUCAACCCUGCAUCAACCUCAUAGAAGCCAAGAUGGGUGUUCUGGACCUGUUGGACGAGGAGUGCAGGAUGCCGAAAGGGUCAGAUGAUUCAUGGGCUCAGAAACUGUACAAUACCCAUCUAAAGAAGUGUGUUCUCUUUGAAAAGCCGCGCAUGUCCAACCGCGCCUUUAUCAUCCAACAUUUUGCUGACAAGGUGGAAUAUCAAUGUGAAGGUUUUCUGGAGAAGAACAAGGAUACGGUGAAUGAAGAACAGAUCACUGUGAUGAAGGCCAGCAAGUUUAACCUGCUGGUGGAGCUGUUCCAGGAUGAGGGGAAAGCUACCAGCCCGACAGGCCAGAUCCCCGGAGCCGGAGGCCGAACACGCCUCAGCAUUAAGCCUGACAAGAGCCGGGCAGACACAAGCAGCAAGGAGCACAAAAAGACAGUCGGCUGCCAGUUUCGGAACUCUCUGCAAAUGCUGAUGGAGACAAUGAAUGCAACCACUCCACAUUAUGUCCGCUGUAUCAAACCCAACGACUUCAAGCUUCCCUUCUCGUUUGAUCCUAAACGUGCAGUGCAGCAGCUAAGAGCAUGCGGCGUCCUAGAAACCAUCCGCAUCUCGGCUGCAGGCUUCCCAUCCAGAUGGACCUAUCAGGAGUUCUUCAGCCGUUACAGAGUGCUGAUGAAGCAGAAGGAUGUGCUGCCUGACAAGAAAAUGACCUGCAAGAACGUUCUGGAGAAACUAGUGCAGGACCAAGACAAAUACCAGUUUGGUAAAACCAAGAUCUUCUUUCGGGCUGGUCAAGUGGCUUACCUGGAGAAGCUGAGAGCAGACAAGUUACGCGCUGCCUGCAUCCGCAUACAAAAAACUAUUCGCUGCUGGUUGGCACGAAAGAAGUAUCUUCGCCAGCGCAGCGCUGCCAUCACCAUCCAGAGGUUCACCAGAGGAUACCAAGCCCGCUGUCUGGCCAAGUUCAUGCGUCGCACUCAGGCAGCCACCAUCAUCCAGAAGUACCAGAAGAUGUACGUGGCACGGAAGCGCUACAGACAGAAGCAGGCUGCUACUCUGGCCAUGCAGAGAAUCCUCAGAGGAUACUUGGCACGACAGAAGUAUCAGGCGCUGCUGCGAGAGCACAAGGCAUUGAUCAUUCAGAAGUAUGUGCGUGGUUGGUUGGCCCGGUGCUGGUACAAGCGCUGCCUUCACGCCAUUGUGUAUCUUCAGUGCUGCAUCCGGAGGAUGAGGGCCAAACGCGAACUGAAGAAGCUGAAAAUUGAGGCCCGCUCAGUGGAGCACUUCAAAAAGCUCAACAAAGGCAUGGAAAACAAGAUCAUGCAGUUGCAGAGGAAGAUUGACGAGCAGCACAAGGACAAUCGGUCAAUGAGUGAGAAACUGGUCGGUCUGGAAAAUCAUUACACAUCAGAGACGGAGCGAAUGCGUAGCGAGCUAAACCGUCUGCGUGGUGCAGAGGAGGAUGCCAAAAACAAAGCCAAUCAACUGUCCUCCCUGUUAGAAGAACUGGAGAGGCUGAAGAAAGAAUUAAGUGUCACACAGCAGGAGAAGAAGACUAUUGAGGACUGGGCACAACGCUACAGGAACGAAAUGGAGCAGAUGGUGUUGGACUUGAAGGAUCAGAAUGGCUCUCUGAAGAAGGAGAAGGACGAUUUGAACAGGUUGAUUCAGGAACAGAGUCAGCAGAUGACUGAGAAAAUGGUGCGUGCGAUAGCAGAGGAGACGCAGCAGCUGGAGACGGAUCUGAAUGAGGAGCGAUCUCGCUAUCAGAACCUCUUAACAGAACACCUUCGCCUCGAGGAGAAAUACGACGAUCUAAAGGAGAUAGCUCUCUCCUCGAACGUACCCAAACCUGGACACAGGAGAACAGAUUCCACCCACAGCAGCAACGAAUCAGAAUACACUUACAACUCAGAGUUGGCCGAAUCAGAAGAAGGUUCCCGUGCCGCAGAGGAUGUGACACGAGGAAUAGACACCUCACUCACCCUCAAACUGCAGAAACGCCUCACAGAACUCGAGCAAGAAAAGCAGUCAUUGCGCAACGAACUGGAAAGCAGAGAGGAGCAGUUCCAGCGGGCUAGAGCUCGGGAUGAUGCAGAGUUUAAAAAGGCCCGUGGGGCAGAGCUGGAGUAUGAGUCCUUGAAGCGUCAGGAGCUAGAGUCAGAGAACAAGAAGCUUAAACACGACCUGGCAGAGAUGAGGCAAAGCCUGCUGGGUAAUGCUGCAGCAGGCAGUGGUGCUCCUGGCUCCCCUGCAUACAAGGUGCUCUUAGAUCAGCUCAAUGCCUCCUGUGAGGAGCUGGAUGUCCGCAAGGAGGAGGUGCUGAUCCUGCGCUCCCAGCUGGUCAGCCAGAAGGAAGCCAUGCAUCACAAGGAUGAGAAGGAGACGAUGACAGAACCCUCUGCGUAUCUCGUUGACGUGAACAAGUUGAAAGAUGUUGAUGAACUCAAGCAAGCUUACUUAGGCGUCAAAGACACCAACAGAUCCCCUGUUCCAGACUUCCAUAAGCUGAAUGAGGAUGGAGAGCUGUGGCUGGUUAAUCAGGGGUUAAAGGAGACCAUCAGGUUGCUGGAGUCCCAGCUGCAGGCUCAGCGGCGAAGUUAUGAUAGUGAGCUGGAGGCAUUGUGCAGUGAGCUGCAAAAUGUCAAGGAGGAAAACAACCGUCAGCAGCAACUCUUGGCCCAGAAUCUCCAGUUGCCACCAGAGGCCCGAAUUGAAGCCAGUCUACAGCACGAGAUCACACGACUCACCAACGAGAACCUGGAUCUAAUGGAGCAACUGGAGAAGCAGGACCGAACCAUCCGCAAGCUGAAGAAGCAGCUGAAAGUUUACUCUAAGAGGAUCGGGGAGAUGGGAGCGGGUCAAGCCGAGGGCCAGACGUCUCCAGGACAGAUGGUGGAGGAGCCUGUCCACCCUGUCAGCAUUCCCCGCAGGGAGAAAGACUUCCAGGGAAUGUUGAAGUACAAGAAGGAAGAUGAAGUCAAAUUGUUCAAGAACCUCAUACUUGAGCUGAAGCCUCGAGGAGUCGCUGUGAAUUUGAUCCCAGGUUUGCCUGCCUACAUCUUGUUUAUGUGUGUGAGACACGCAGACUACGUCAACGAUGACCAGAAAGUCCGCACGCUGCUCACCUCAACUAUCAACAGCAUUAAAAAGAUCCUAAAGAAACGAGGGGAUGAAUUUGAGACAGUUUCUUUCUGGCUGGCCAACACAUGCCGCUUCUUACAUUGUCUGAAACAGUACAGUGGGGACGAGGAAUUCAUGAAGCGCAACACGUCGAAGCAGAAUGAGCACUGUCUGUCGAACUUUGACCUGACAGAAUACAGACAGUUAAUCAGUGACCUGGCCAUCCAGAUCUACCAACAGCUGGUCAAAUGCAUGGAGAACAUCCUUCAGCCCAUGAUAGUGUCUGGCAUGCUAGAGCAUGAGACCAUCCAGGGAGUGUCGGGCCUGAAGCCCACAGGUCUCCGUAAGCGGACGUCCAGCAUCGCUGACGAGGGCACCUACACCCUGGACUCCAUCGUGCGUCAGCUCAGCACCUUCCACUCCAUCAUGUGCCAGCAUGGCACCGACCCUGAGAUCAUCAAACAGGUGGUGAAACAGCAGUUCUACAUCAUUGGAGCCGUCACCUUGAACAACCUGCUGCUACGCAAGGACAUGUGCUCCUGGAGCAAAGGCAUGCAGAUUAGGUACAAUGUGAGCCAGCUGGAGGAGUGGCUGAGGGACAAGGGUCUGAUGAUAUGUGGUGCCAAAGAGACUCUGGAACCUCUGAUUCAGGCUGCUCAGCUCUUGCAGGUGAAGAAAAAGACUGACGAGGACGCUGAGGCCAUCUGCUCCAUGUGUCAGGCCAUUACCACUGCUCAGAUCGUGAAGGUCUUGAACCUUUACACUCCAGUCAAUGAGUUUGAGGAAAGAGUAUCGAUUGCAUUCAUAAGAACCAUACAGACUCGUUUGCGAGACCGGUGUGAGAGUCCUCAGCUGUUGAUGGACACAAAGAUGAUAUAUCCAGUCACCUUCCCUUUCAAUCCAUCCUCCCUCGCCCUGGAAACCAUCCAGAUUCCGAGCUCUCUCAACCUAGGCUUUCUCGCCCGUGUCUAAAGAAGGACGUACAUGCAACAUCAACAUGUGCUGAACUUUCAACAUGUCUGUUCCACAUCCUCUGAGUGCACACACACACACAUACACACAUUUACACUCACAUGCAUCUUUAUUUCACAAAUACAUCACAGUCACCAUCUCUGGUUUGAACCCUGCAGUAAAACGUCAUCGUCCAGCCACUGCUUGUAUAAACGCCAGCCUCUUAGAGAAGCCACAGCACCAGCUCAGUGCCCCAGUACUCGUCU